AUGGAGCCCAAACAAUCCAAGCCCAAGUCGGUGGCUCAGCGCAGAGUGUACGGGAAACGAAAAGCCAAUGCCCCUAGGGCAGUUUUUGACCAAGGAAGCCCGGCCAGAGAGACCAGAUCCAAAACCCAGCAUGUUGGCCCCGUGGAAAGCCUCCAAGCGAAACUAGCCCAAGUAACAAUCGAUGAUGACUCGACCCAUCAACUGGACAGCCAUGCACAGCCCACGAAAAUUGAAAUCAAGCAUCCAGAGUGGGCCGAAAUCCCCUCUGAUGAAUCCAGUUCAUCCACGGUAGAGGACAAUUCGGGCACCCCGACAACGCAAUCCUCUGUCGAAUCCUUCCCGGAGGAGGCGAAGCCAAAAUCGAAGCAAUGCGAAACGAUGGCGGAAGUCGGAAUAUGUCCGAAGGCUCCAGAACAGCCCCCCCAAAUCACAUCAGACUCCCCAGCUAGGAAGUCAGAGUCCACAAGCGAGGAUCGAGAAAAACCAAGUACAUCCUCCAACAAAAAGAAAGCGGAAAAAAAGAAGAUUUCUGCACCCAGACGGUCGUCUGGGGUUGUCCAUGACACCAAAGCUAGCGAUUACGUCGGCCCAAUUCUGAAUGAGGCAUUAUCUCCAAUUGCCGCGCAAGGCAUUCAGAAGUUCGGCUCAUGGGCUUCACGAUCAGCAAGCAUGUUCGAUGUCGCAAAACUCGCAGAGGGGUCCUACGGUGAAGUUUACAAACUUCACCUACGGGAAGAAGCUUGUAGGGCAGUUGUGUCAAAAUCAAAGUUGGCUAAACUAAAAUCAUACGGCGAUGGAGUUUUCAAGAUUGUGCCUCUGCGAGCAAAGAGCGGUCCCGGGUCCAAAAAGUUCACAACCAUUGAUGAAAUUGUUGCUGAGGUCAAGAUGCUCAAGUACCUGGAUCCAAUCCCUGGCUUUGCUCGCUUCAGAGAGAUUCAUGUUGUUCAAGGUCGUUUCCCAGAGGCAUUCCAAAAUGCAUGGGACCACUAUAAGAAGACCAAAGACGACUGCAUGAAUCCCAACCCGUCCAACAAAAGAGCUUACCCCGAUACGCAGCUUUGGGCAAUUGUGGAGAUGGACGAUGCGGGAUGUGAACUGGAGAAAUUUGCUUGGUCAUCGAUUUUUCAGAUCUACGAUAUCUUCUGGGGAGUUGCCAUGGCUUUAGCUCGGGCAGAGGAGUAUGCUAUGUUCGAACAUCGAGAUCUUCAUUUGGGAAAUGUUUGUAUACGUUCUACGCGGGCAGAUGGUUGCAUGGAUCCCCCAACAGAACACGAUGUUGCACGACAGCCAUCCUCCAGUGGAUUUGGAAUCAGCUCCCUUGAAACCACCAUCAUCGACUACUCGCUCUCUCGGGCGGAUCUACUCCUGACGGAUGAUCCCGCCGGUCUCACCGAGGUUGCGUCCUCAGAUCUAGACAAGAAGCAAUUGUUCGAUGCUAUUGGCCAAGACGAAGACGAAAUCAUGCAAAGAAACACCUACCGAUAUAUGCGCGCAACACUCUAUACUGGUUGUCCCAUAGAAACAGAGAAGCUGGCGGACAUUCCUGGCAUCUGGGCAGAAUACUCCCCACGUACCAAUUUGGUCUGGUUACUGUUCCUACUUCAAAGUCUGUUCAAGAACCGCAAACCUGAAGCAUCGCCUGCACAGCCACAGCGAAAGGCUCUCACGCCUUGCUCGCCCAACAAGAUGAUACCGAAAUCGGAGGCAGCCGAAGGGAAAAACCAAAAUAUGGCCGGGCCCCUCGUCAAGGAGAGACAGACCAAAGAUGUUCAAGCUGGUAUCUCGCGGCUGAAGCAAACACUAGAUAAUAGGCUGAAAGCCGUCCUCGAACUUCUCGAUUUGGAGCAUGGGCAUGAAGACAUGUGUUGCGCCGCGGAUUUGGUGGCCUACGCGAUGGAUUCGCAAUGGCUGGGUGAACAAGACUUCUUCUGA